AUAGGCGCGAAGCCGUAGCCGACCAACGAUCCACAUCCAAGUCGUAAAUAUGCGGCUGACGCGGCUGAAGGCAGCUCAGAAAAUGCUCAAAAUGUCAGGAUCCGCUGCAGGUACUACCACCGCAGCUGGUUCGCGAACCAAUGCAACCCCCAAUACUGCUUCUGCGACCAUUCCCGCAUCCGCCCCAUCCACCGGUCCCACUUCAACGGGUGCCUCCAGCUCCACUCCCACAUCGGCCAUUGUUUCUGGGAUCGCUUGCGCGGUUCCUCGAUCCCCCAGCACCGUUUCUGCAGCGGGUGCCUUGGUCACACUGAUGGCUGGCAUAGGACCUGCACCUGCACCUUCGGGCGCCGUUGCUGUCGUUCUUACAGCAGGAAACACAGGUACCGCGUCCACCGCAACCGCAACUCCAGUCUCUGCCGCCUCUAGCGCGGCGGGAACUGGCGCCGCACUUCACGCGCCCGGUGCCUCGGUUGCUCCUACUAGUACUGGCGGUACAUCAGCCCCCACCACCGCCGUUUCUGCAACUCCCACGUCGGUUACUGCGACAGCUACAACCGCUGCCGGGGGUACCGAAGCUGGUGCCACCUCAGCAACUACCGAUGCUCCGGCUGGCGGUACUGAAGCUACCGCCGCCGAUGCCGCUGGUGCCACGCCCGCCCCGACCAGGGCUCCGUCCCCGGUCAGAUACAUAACUAUCUUCAAAAAUGUCCUGUUCGGAAGACGCGCCCGACAGGUGGUGCUGAACGUUUACGCUCGGCUCCGCUUGGAGCACCCGAAGGCAUCGUACCGGGACAUCGUGAAGCAGACGACUUACCUGACGGGCAUACCUCACGCCACCAUCUUCCGGUGGAAGAAGAUCGACGAUCCGUACGGCUCUGGCAAGCCGCCGCCGGUGAAGCGAAAGCGCCGCAAAAAGGACCCUUCCGCCAACCCGGAGAAUGGCGUAAAGAAGGCUCCAAAGGCCAAACGUCAAAAGAAGGCGGCCGCGUCGGACCAGCCCGACGGGCAAGGGACCGCGAACCCCGGCGCUCCGAAGAAGGUCCAGCGCCGCAAGAAAGCGGCGGCUACGGGGCAACCGGGCGAGCCGGGGGCUCCGAACCCCGGUCCGAAGAAGGCCCCGCGCAAGAAGAUGGUCCGCCUGGACAACCAGACCAACCAGCCAGUCCCCGGACCGGGCGGUCAGCCCAUUCAGGCCAACAAGGUCCAGCGCAAGAAGCCCGUCCGCUGGGAGCAGCCACCGACCCACGUGGCCCCGCAGUCAUUUGAACCCGUGCACUACCAGCCGAGGCAGUUCGCGCGCCUGGAACAACAGAUCAGCCAGGCGACCGCGCAGUCCAUUGACCCGGUGCACUGCCAGCGCAGGCCGUUUGUCCGCAUGGAUCAUCAGCCCGACCCGGUGAACAGCGGACCGCCGCACGAUCCGGGGAGUUCGGGCGGCUACGAAUCGUGGUGGACAUAUCAUUGAAGAGCUUGGGAGGGAUUGCGGCGCAGAGAUCAAGACACACGCCUCGCAAAUGACAGGUCUUCAAUUUAACAUGCAAAACCAUUGGCUUCUCUUCUUUUUUUUUUUCCCUGGAGCUUGCGAGGAACGAGAGCCUCAGAGGUGCGAAGUUAAAAGCAUGGUGCCCGGAACGUAUCUUCGACUGGCGUUUAACGUCCUAUUCCGCCCUUACAUCGAAGGUGAUCCCAAAGUGGCAAACCGAGUUGACGCGUCGUGCUCCUGGAUGUUGCGAUCCCAGCAGUCAAUCAUAGAAAUGCCCGCGAAAAAGGCGAGCGAAUGCACGGGUUGUUGUUGCCGCCGCAUAACGUCUCGUGUCGGCUUUGGUGUUUGUCGACAGUCUUGCUUGCAACAGAACACUCACCUGCCACAUCCACCUCUGCCGACGUGCCACUGCUAGGAUCGCAGCGGGCAACAGCCUGACACUUUUAAAACACCAUCAGGCAGAAAUCAAAGGACCACUUUUGAGGACGCGCUCCUGGCACCAUAGUUAAGGGAAGCCGGAGGAAUGCUCUCCAAAGCCCCUCGACGAGAUCAAAAGUUGCAGUGUGCGUGAGGUGCUUGUCUUGUGCGGCCCCUGGGGAGUAUGCCGCUAAACUCCACUGUCGAGGUAGCCGCCAGCAGGACAAGAAUGGCAGGGAGGUCUUUCGGUUACACGCUGCCAAAGCACAGCAGAAAGCAAUGAGCGGUUGCUGGAAGCUGGGUGCUCGAAAAAGACACCUUGCCGUUCUAGCCUUGUCGGUAACUGUUGUGUUCCUCCUUGACCUCGCACGUGACGAGCGCUUCGUGCAUUCGCGCAACAUUGCUUUUCACUGCUUUUACAUGUACAGGUGCAUAAACACGAAUCUGUAGUGUUGGUGGACACCCUUCUAAGCAGUGGCGUAAGCAGAGGGGAGUAUUUCGGGGUCAAUAUCCCCCCCAAGAUGAUCCAUACUCCCUCCACCCGAACUUUUCAUAGCCGAUCCCCCUUGACGAAACAGAAUUCUGGCUACGCCACUGCUUACAAGCGUAUCUAGAGAUGUCCUGUGUAGUCUUCUCUUUGACUCCAUUGAGGAGACUGGAUGUAGGCGUUCUUAAUACUGCAUGCAUAUUUUUCUCGAACACUUGUGAAUGCUUGCUGGGCAGAAAGUUUGAUGAGAUUGAGCUACGCAGCGGCCCGAUUUUGGGGCGUCGCUGGAAUGCUUGCCCCAUAGGACGACUGUUCGUUCUAUGGCUUUGCCACUCGAGAGAUUCCAAUAGUUUUUUUUAGGUGUGAAGUUAGCGAGAUCUGAUUUUUACUCAUUGUGUCAAGUUGAAUGGAUGUGAGCAACAAUUUUACUGUCAAACCAGAUUAAUUUUUUUCCAUAUAUGUUGUUUCAUUUUUGUCUAGUGUUGGAUCCUCAUGUAUCAUUAAAAAAAAAGAAAAAGAAUGCAA